UUUUAUGCUAAUACAUUCUGCUCCCUGUCUCUUGGCAGCCACAGAUCCUGACAGCAGGGACUCUCUUCCGAACAGAAGUCCUCUUCGGAUUCUCCUCGGGACCCCAGAAAGAGAGGAAAAGAAUAGCAUUUUUUUAAAAAGGGAGAGAGAGAGGGAUUUUCCAUCUGAAGCUGAGAUUGGUGUCCCCGGCCCCACCCUGGCCUGUCCCGCUGUGUUCUGGCGUUCCGCCUCUUCCCACAGCACUUUGGAGAACUUGGAGCUCAGCAAUUUCCACAUAGGAACUUUCUUUCUUUUUUCUCUAAAUCCAGUGCCAAAGGGAACCCUCUCUGCUUUUGCAGCUAGACCCGAAGGACUGUCUCAGAAGAGCUACCGAAGCAGAGAUCCCACCCUGUGGAUCUUUUGAACUUCAGUUCCCAACUUCUUUCAAGACCUCGGAGAACCAACCCAGUCGCAUUGAUCCGGGAGAUCUGUGAAGACGACCCAAAGAGCCUGUUGAUUGCUCCGAAGGAUUAGAGACUCAUAAACAUCUUGGCAUAUCUGUUGGUGCUCCUUUUUUGGCUCUCUCUCGGAUUGGGUCUCUUUCAGUCUGCUUCGCUAAACAGAAGGGCUCGAACAGAACUACAUAUCUCCGACCAAGAUUUUUAAUUCCUCUUUUUUUUAACCUCAGAUUUCUUGAUUUUGGACCUUGUUCCCCAAGGUGUUGUGGGCACUGAGCUGAGAUCCUAGAGCCACCAAUAUGUUCAGUUGGAUGAAGAAGAACGAAAAGAAGAAUCCAGAGGUGAUCCACACCGUGACGGAGGGCCUGAAGGACCUCUACAAGAAGAAGCUCCUGCCAGUGGAGGAGUUCUACCGCUUCCAUGAUUUCCACUCGCCGGCCCUGGAAGAUGCUGACUUCGACAACAAGCCAAUGGUGUUGGUGGUCGGGCAGUACUCCACCGGCAAGACCACCUUCAUCAAAUACCUGCUGGAGCAGGACAUCCCCGGGAGCCGCAUCGGACCCGAACCCACCACCGACUCUUUCAUUGCUGUCAUGCACGGCGAAACGGAAGGGAUCAUACCCGGCAACGCCCUCAUUGUAGACCCCAAAAAGCCCUUCCGAAAACUCAACCCUUUUGGAAACACUUUUCUCAACCGGUUCAUGUGUGCCCACUUGCCCAACCAAGUGCUGGAAAGCAUCAGUCUUAUCAGACACCGGGUAUCCUGUCCCAUGCUAAGCUUACGCGUGAGCACAGGUUACGACUUCCCAGCGGUGUUGCAGUGGUUCGCUGAGCGCGUGGACCGCAUCAUCCUCCUCUUUGAUGCCCACAAGCUGGAGAUCUCGGACGAGUUCUCGGAGGCCAUCCGGGCCCUCAAGGGCAACGAGGACAAGAUCCGGGUGGUCCUGAACAAGGCCGACAUGGUGGAGACGCAGCAGCUGAUGCGGGUCUACGGAGCACUCAUGUGGUCGCUAGGCAAAGUGUUCAAUACCCCCGAGGUGCUGCGUGUCUACAUCGGGUCCUUCUGGUCGGAGCCUCUGCUCAUCUCCGACAACCGACGGUUUCCUUUUAAGCUUUGUUUCGAGAGGAGCAGUGGGACUUGUCGUUCACGGACAUCCAGAGACCUUGCUCCCUGAAAUUCCUCUUGCCCUUGAGGGAAGCUCAAUGAUCUAGUCAAGAGAGCCCGUUUGGUCAGGGUCCAUGCCCACAUCAUCAGCCACCUGAAGAAGGACAUGCCCUCCGUGUUCGGCAAGGAAAAUAAAAAGAAGCAGCUCAUCAACAAACUGCCCGUCAUCUUUGCCAAGAUCCAACUCGAGCAUCACAUCUCGCCCGGUGAUUUCCCCGACUGCGAAAAGAUGCAGGAACUACUGAUGGUGCACGACUUCACCAAGUUCCAUGGACUGAAGCCGCGUAUGAUGGACAAUUUGGACGAGUUGUUGACGUUGGAUAUCGCCAAGCUGAUGCCCCUCCUUCGCCAGGAGGAGAUAGAAGUCCCCGAGCACGUGGUCCAGGGCGGGGCCUUCGACGGCACCCGCAACGGCCCCUUCGUGGAAGGUGCGACUGAGGGGGCCUACGAGGGCAUGGACGAGGAGGAGUGGGUGGUGACGAAGGACAAGCCCAAAUACGAUGAGAUCUUCUACAACCUCUCCCCGAUGGACGGCAAGCUGAGCGGCACCAAGGCCAAGAACUGGAUGGUGACCACCAAACUGCCCAACUCCGUGCUCGGAAAGAUCUGGAAGCUCAGCGACGUGGACCGGGACGGCAUGCUGGAUGACGAGGAGUUUGCCCUCGCCAGCCACCUCAUCGAAGUCAAGUUGGAGGGCCACAGCCUACCCUCCGACCUGCCCCGCCACCUUGUGCCCCCCUCCAAACGCCGACAGAAGGGGUCGGCCGAAUAAGAAGGCCUCUCCAGCUGGCCUGUAUACCGGGCUUGAACUGUUCCAGUAGGCCCCGUUCUGCUACGACUUUCCAUCUUCCGGCUACAUCUUGCUUAAGGCAGCAUUUUUCCAGGCUGGGAAUUCGUCGCGAAAGAUCCAUUUCCCCAUCAGCAGGUCCUGAUUCACUCUGAAAUGAAGCUUUGGUUAUACUUUCUGCUCCCACUUCUUAUCCUUGCCAAAAAAUAAAAGUGCUUGCAGUUCCAUCUCGGGUAGACGUUGCGUCUCCAGGCCUCCGACUCAAACUGUCCACGUCGACCGUCGAGAAUCACUUGAAAUGUACCAUCUCGGAUAUGAAUUUUCGUCUGUAUUAGACUUUUCCCAGCUAUGUUCUUGUCCAGAAAGAACCAGGUUCAAAGGACUGUAGGCAUCGCUUCACCAUGUAUAUAACACAUGAAGAAGAAGAGUUUGGAUUUAUAUCCCCCCUUUCCCUCCUGUAGGAGACUCAAAGGGGUUUACAAUCACCUUUCCCUUCCCCCCUCACAACAAACAUCCUGUGAGGUGGG